AUGACACGAAACAUGACGCAGCCCGGAAUUCGAAUUGCCAUUGACCGCGGCGGUACUUUUACUGACGCCUGGGCGCAAAUACCCGGACACACUGCAGAUGUAAUCUUCAAAGUUCUUUCUGUCUCACCAGACGAAUAUCAGGAUGCGCCGACGGAGUGCAUCCGACAGAUCUUGGAGAUUGCCAGUGGAUCGCCGAUUCCACGAGGUACUCUGCUGGACCUCCAGCCGGUUGAAUCUAUCCGGAUGGGCACCACAGUUGCGACCAACGCCCUCUUGGAACGCAAAGGCGAACGAGUUGCUCUGUUGAUCACCAAGGGAUUCCGAGAUCUAUUAAAAAUCGGAAAUCAGGCACGACCGAACAUCUUCGACCUCUCUGUGCAACGUCUUACUCAACUAUAUGAGACGGUUGUUGAGGUGGAUGAGCGCGUCACAGUCGAAGGCUUUUCAGAAGAUCCUGAGCCCAAGCAUCCAGAUGUUGACUCGGAUUCGGCAUUGAGAAUGGGUUUAACGGGUGAAGUUGUGCGUGUAUUGCGAACUCCAGAUCUCGAAGCAGUUCGAAAAGACCUUCUUGUCAUCUGGGAACAAGGAUACCGAUCUGUGGCUGUCGCACUCAUGCAUUCAUAUAUGUUCCAAGAUCAUGAGAUCUCUGUUGCUGCUGUUGCUCGAGAGCUUGGAUUCAAAGUUGUUGCAUCCUCAGAGCUACAAACAAUGGCAAAGCUCGUACCUCGGUGUCAAUCAGCUGUGGUGGAUGCGUAUCUUUCGCCGCUGACUGAAACUUACUUGGAUGAAUUCCGAAUGGGCUUCAAGGGUGCAUUGGAGGAUGAGCAUGGAAGGAAAGUAUUUGUCAACCAGUCUGAUGGCGGUUUAACUUCACUUUCCAAUUUCUCCGGUCUUCGAGGAGUCUUGAGCGGUCCUGCAGGUGGAGUUGUUGGCAUGUCCCGGACAUGUUAUGAUGCCCAAGAUGGAACACCCGUACUGGCAUUUGAUAUGGGCGGCACUAGCACCGAUGUCGCACGAUAUGCGGGAAGAUUGGAGCACAUCUUUGAAAGCACAAUAGCUCAGGUUACCAUCCAGACACCGCAGCUUGACAUCAACACGGUCGCAGCAGGGGGUGGAUCGAUGCUCUUUUGGGAGAAUGGAAUGUUCAAAGUUGGACCUCACAGCGCAGGUGCUCACCCAGGUCCAGCAUGCUAUGGGCGAGGUGGUCCAUUGACUGUGACUGACGCUAAUUUCUUCUUGGGGCGAGUCAUCCCGGAAUACUUCCCAAUGAAGCUGGACUUGAGUGUGGUCAGGGAGAAAUUUGUUGCACUCACAGCUAUCAUCAAUACCGAGAAGGAGGGAUCUUCAGAGCUCACAGCUGAGCAAGUUGCCGUGGGAUUUCUCUCCAUUGCGAAUGCAACAAUGACUCGCCCAAUUCGAGCAUUAAGCGAAGGUCGCGGGUUUGAGACCGCCGCUCAUAAUCUGUGUUGCUUUGGCGGUGCUGGUGGACAGCAUGCUGUUUUCAUUGCCCGGGACCUCGGAAUUCGACGAGCUCUCAUUCCACGGUAUUCAAGCAUCUUAUCUGCUUAUGGAAUGGCCCUUGCAGAUGUCGUGGUCGAAAAUCAAGAGCCCGAGGCAACAACCUUCAAUGAUAUCGCCAUUCGAAGACUGGAGGAGCGCUUCUGCAGGCUUGAACAAGCCGGAAUCGAUGGGUUGAUCUCCCAGGGCUUCUCAGAACCCCAGGUUAUUCAUGAGCGUUUCCUCAACAUGCGCUAUCAAGGUAGUGACACCGCUUUGAUGAUCGCGAAACCCGAGAGUACUGCAGACUUUGGCAGUGCAUUUAUAGCUCGUCAUCAACAGGAAUUCGGAUUCACACAGCCACGGGACAUUCUGAUUGAUGAUGUUCGUGUUCGAAGUGUCGGGAAAGGCAUGGAUGUUGCCCUAUCAAGUCCGUGUGCAGAGUUGAAAAGGCUUGCGGAUUCGCCUCCCACAACUCCAAUAAGACCAUCACAGAACACCAAGGUCUAUUUCGAGCAAGAAGGUUGGACCGAUGUUGGCCUAUUCUCUCUCAAGUCGCUUUCUCCUGGUACACGUAUCAAGGGACCUGCAAUGAUCAUCGACAAGACUCAAACCAUUAUCGUGGAUCCUUUGAGUGAAGCCAGUAUUCUUUCAGAGCAUGUUGUGAUUGAUGUCACAGGCACCGAAAAGCCUGAAGUAAGCAUUGAUGUUGUGGAUCCUGUCCAACUCAGUGUCUUCGGUCAUCGCUUCAUGAGUGUCGCAGAACAGAUGGGUCAGACAAUGCAGAAGACUUCUGUGUCAGUCAACAUCAAAGAGCGAUUGGAUUAUUCCUGCGCAGUGUUCUCUGCAUAUGGAAGCUUGGUUGCAAAUGCCCCACACAUUCCGGGACAUUUGGGAUCCAUGAGCUACGCAAUCGCGUAUCAGGCACGGCUUUAUAAACCUGGCGAACUGAAGCCCGGUGACGUCUUACUGAGCAACCAUCCCAGCGCUGGGGGUACGCAUCUUCCAGACCUGACAGUGACAACCCCAGUGUUUGACAGUGAUGACAAUCCAACAAGGAUCCUGUUUUUUGUCGCAAACCGAGGGCACCAUGCAGAUAUUGGUGGCAUUCAACCUGGUUCUAUGCCGCCUCAAUCUACUGAGCUCUGGCAAGAGGGUGCUGCAGUCGAGUCUUUCAAAAUAGUCAAGGAAGGACAAUUCGAUGAGCCGGGUCUGUUGAAAGUGCUGGUGGAUAUCCCAGCAUCAUACCCUGGAUCAAGUGGCACUCGAACACUCCGUGACAACAUUGCCGACCUGAAAGCUGCUAUUGCUUCCAAUAAGAAAGGAAUUCAUCUCAUCCAAACACUGGUCAAAGAAUACAGUUGGCCCGUGGUUGAAUAUUAUAUGCAAGCAAUCCAGGACAAUGCUAGUCAGGUAACUCGUGACCUGCUUAGAAUGAUCGCCGAUAGGUUCGACGGACGCCCUCUUCAAGCCGUUGAUUACAUCGAUGAUGGAACACCCUUGGCUUUGAAGAUUGACAUUGACCGGGACACUGGAAAUGCGACAUUUGAUUUUACCGGCACAGGACCUGAGCACUUCGGUAACUUGAAUUGUCCUCCAGCCAUCAUGUACUCUGGAAUCAUGCGCAUAGUUGAUUUGAUUUUCAAAGCAUUCCGUGCAGCAGCAGCUUCUCAGGGCACAUGUAACAACCUGACAUUUGGCUAUGGCGGCACUGAUGCAGAGACAGGAGAGGUUACAAAGGGUUUCGGAUACUACGAGACGAUUGCUGGUGGAUCCGGAGCCGGAGCAGACUGGGAUGGUGAGAGUGGCGUACAUACACAUAUCACCAAUACGCGAAUCUCCGAUCCUGAGAUCUUCGAAAAGCGUUAUCCGGUCAUUCUACAUGAGUUUUCAAUCCGCAGUGGCAGUGGUGGAGCAGGAAGACAUAGGGGUGGCGAUGGAUGUGUUCGAGAUAUCGAAUUCCGGCUGCCAAUGCAGGUGUCUAUUCUGUCUGAGCGACGAGUAAUCGCUCCAUAUGGGAUGGCUGGUGGUGAGGAGGGUAAACGAGGCGUUAACAUUUGGCUGCGAAAGUAUCCAGAUGGAACAAGUCGAACUAUCAGUCUUGGUGGAAAAGCAACCACUCAGAUGAGCGCCGGUGAUCAUAUCAUCGUUAACACACCUGGUGGUGGGGGCUACGGCAUUGAUCCUAACAAGAAACCGGAGUUCGAUUUUGGUGACGUUUUCAAGAUCAAGGAGAAGUUCGUUCCUGGCUCACUUCGCACUCAGGGCAGUGUUGCUGAGAGGACUGCAACGGCUGCUGGCAAUUGA